AUGACUAAGGUUGAUCCUGUCCAAUCGACAUUAAGUGCGCGCACAGUGAAUGAUCCACUAUUUACGACAGAGUCUUACCGUAAUCGAAACGAUGUGAAUCCAGACCAAGUCAUCAUCUGCUGUCGGAAUGGCUUGCGGCUUUACUAUUUGUUGAGGCGCGAAAUAUUGGUACCAGGAAUAAAAAAACACAUGACCGAUGACUUGGAAUUUUUUAUAUUUUAUAGAAUAAGAGUGAUCAGACACACAUCUGUGUUAGAAGUAUUUGUGGAUCGAUAUGU